AAAGCAUAAGAUGAAGGCUAAGGUUAAAGUUAGCUGCUUUGCUCUUACAUGAAUACUACCUCAAGUGUCUCAUUUGUCUCAUAAAGAAAGAAUGCUUGUGGAAUUCUGAGAGUAUGCUUGUUGUUGAGUAUUCAGAUGAAUAUGAGAACAUUGAUCCUUAGACGACAAAAUGCUCUUUGCUUCUUUCUUUUUUGCUACGAACAAUCAAUUUUUACCGUGUUGAAGCUUUUAUGAAAAGUUGAAAGCAAAAAGACAUUGGUCCUGAAUUGGACUUUCUGGGUCACCGGACUAAAUCGUUUAAGAGGCGCUCCUAUGGGUAUUUAUGGUAAUGAGAAAAAUAUGAGUUCAAAUUUCAAACAGGUUUUCCGUUGGCCAACGGGCAAGAAACAACCAACACGCGCGCCCCUCCUCCCCGGCACACAACAAACAGCAGUUUCCCAUAUGCACUCUGCAUCUAUUUCUUCGUUAUUCUAAUUUCUAAUAUCACUGUCGCUGAGAGCCACAGAGAGAGAGAGAGAAUGGAGAGACCAGCAACAACCGUGUCUGUUAUGGAGGCAUUUGAGAAACUAGAGAAGGUAGGAGAGGGAACUUACGGGAAGGUGUACAGGGCAAGAGAGAGGGCAACCGGUAAGAUCGUUGCCCUCAAGAAGACUCGUCUUCACGAAGAUGAUGAAGGAGUCCCUCCCACUACUCUCCGCGAGGUCUCCAUCUUGCGUAUGCUCUCUUGGGAUCCACAUGUUGUCAGAUUGAUGGAUGUCAAACAAGGCCUGAACAAAGCAGGGAAGACUGUACUCUACUUGGUUUUUGAGUACAUGGACACUGAUCUUAAGAAAUUUAUUCGAAGUUUCGGCAAAACUGGAGAGAAUAUUCCUGUGAAAAUUGUUAAGACCUUGAUGUAUCAACUGUGCAAGGGAGUUGCUUUCUGCCACGGGCAUGGAAUCUUACACAGGGAUCUUAAGCCUCACAACCUCUUGAUGGACAGAAAGACAAUGAUGCUUAAGAUUGCAGAUCUAGGGCUAGCUCGAUCAUUUACUCUUCCUAUCAAAAAGUAUACGCAUGAGAUAUUGACCUUGUGGUACCGAGCUCCUGAAGUUCUUUUAGGGGCUACCCAUUACUCAACUGCAGUGGAUAUGUGGUCUGUAGGUUGUAUAUUUGCUGAACUGGUUACAAAGCAAGCACUUUUCCCUGGGGAUUCAGAACUGCAACAGCUCCUGCAUAUUUUCAGAUUAUUAGGUACCCCAAACGAGGAGGUGUGGCCAGGGGUAAGCAACUUGGUCAACUGGCAUGAGUAUCCCCAGUGGAGUCCCCAUAGUAUGCCGUCAGCUGUUCCUAAUUUGGAGAAGGAUGGGUUGGAUCUAUUAGCGCAAAUGUUGCAGUACGAACCUUCAAAGCGUAUCUCAGCAAAGAAAGCUAUGGAGCAUCCUUACUUUGACGAUCUGAACAAGUCUAUUCUUUGAAGAAGCAUGACUGCAGUUGGAAUGCCAGGUGUGGGCAAUAUUUUUUCUGAUGUUUCAGCAGCAAUGGAAGUUCUCUAUGGAAAAUCUAUUUGCUUCCCUCGAGCAUACUAUAUCCUAUUGCUUGUAACGGUUGGACUAACUUAGCAAUUUAAUGAUAUAUCACUGUGUGCUAAUUCCUAAUCAAAACUCUCUUGUUGCACAUAUGAAUUGACGACUUGAUAUGUUACAGAAAAAUAAUUGUGUAUUUAACUUACUCUUUUCCUGUUA